AUGAGUUCAUUAAGAUUUGACGGAAAGGUGGUAGUGAUCACUGGAGCUGGUAAUGGUUUGGGCAAAGAAUACGCUUUGUUUUAUGGAAAAAGGGGAGCAAAGGUGGUUGUCAACGAUUUAGGCGGUUCUAUGAAAGGAACAGGAGCUUCAUCUUCAGCAGCUGAUAAGGUUGUUGAGGAAAUAAAGGCUGCUGGAGGAAUUGCAGUUGCAAAUUAUGACAGCGUUGAGUUUGGUGAGAGAAUAAUUGAAACUGCAAUAAAAACAUUUGGAAAAAUUGAUAUUUUAAUUAAUAAUGCAGGGAUCCUAAGGGAUGUUUCAUUCGAAAAAAUGAAAGACGAGGAUUGGGAUCUCAUUUACAAGGUAUUUAUUUUUAUUAAAGCCUUAGGUUCAUCUUAAGGGAACUUACGCAUGUUCAAAAGCAGCUUGGCCAUAUAUGAGAGAAUAGAAAUAUGGAAGAAUAAUCAAUACAUCCUCAGCAUCAGGAUUGUACGGAGUGUUUGGAUAAACCAAUUACAGUACAGCCAAAUUGGCUACACAUGGAUUAACCCUUGCACUCUCAAGAGAAGGCUUAAAAAGAAACAUAUUCGUAAAUUCUAUUUGCCCUGUUGCUGCAAGUCGACUUACUGAAACAGUGAUGAGCAAGGAAGUUCUCUCCAGUCUCAAACCAGAUUAUAUUGUACCACUUGUAGCAUGGCUGUCUCACGAGGAUUGCAAGGAAACAGGAUCAGUUUUUGAAUUAGGAGCUGGUUAUAUUUCAAAAUUGAGAUGGUAAAGAAAUUAAGGAUAUUUCUUUGAUACUCCAUUUACUCCUGAAGAUGUUAAGGAGAAAUGGGAUGAAGUAUCAGGAUUUGGUAAUGUUGUGUAUCAUCCACAAACAUCUUCUGAAAUAUUUGAGAUAUUCUUCAACAAAGAAGAAUUUGUCAAGUAAUAAAAGGAAGGCAAAACUAAAUCAACAAGUCCCUCAUAAAAUGCCUAACCAACCAACGUAACCUUGAAAGCAGAGAAAAUUUUCAAUUUAAUGAGAGCAUUUUUGGACAGAGGAGAAGGAAAAGACUUAAUUCCAAAAGUUUAAGGAGUGUUCAAUUUUGAAAUAAUCCUUUAAAAAGGAGGUCCAGUAAUUAAAUCUUGGGUAAUUGAUUUGAAGAAUGGCCAAGGAUCCAUCAAAGAAGGCAAGGAAUAGGCUGAUGCCACAUUCAAUAUGAUUGAUGAUGAUUUUGAGAGAGUAUGUUAGGGUAAAUUAUAAGCAAAUGAAGCUUUCUUAAAGGGUUUGAUGAAAAUUAAAGGCAAUAUGAAAAAAGCGUAAUAUUUUUCCUUUAUCAUUCUUUAGAACCCUUUUUACACCAAGCCUUUUUCCAGCUCCAACCCCAGAAAACUUUGCCAAAUAUUCUUAAGCAAAAUUAUGAGAAAUAUAUUAGUAUUAUUU